GACUGUUAUUUUGAAACGGCCACACUAUACCUCGGAUUUGUUUACAAUCAGGCCAUCAAAAAGUCGAAGAUACAGAUUCGCUGAAAUGGCACAGAUUAAACGGUACCGGAAAUCCUCGAAGUCCUCGGAUGACGGGGAGCAGGACAACGAGGAGUAUGUUCCGUACGUGCCGGUGAAGGAGCGGAAAAAGCAGCACAUGAUGAAGCUGGGUCGGAUCGUGCAACUAGCCUCGGAGACUUCGCAGCCCAAGUCCUCGAGCGAGAACGAGAAUGAGGAUGACUCGCAGGGGGCUCACGACGCAGAGACUUGGGGACGCAAGUACAACAUCAGUUUGCUUGACCAGCACACAGAGCUGAAAAAGAUUGCGGAGGCCAAAAAGCUGAGUGCCGUGGAGAAGCAGCUGCGUGAGGAGGAGAAGAUCAUGGAGAGCAUCGCCCAGCAGAAGGCGCUGAUGGGUGUGGCCGAAUUGGCAAAGGGCAUCCAGUACGAGGAGCCCAUCAAGACCUCCUGGCGACCGCCGCGCUACAUUCGAGUCAUGACGGAAGACGAGCGCCAGAAUAUACGCAAGCAGCUUAGGAUCCUCGUGGAGGGUGAGAACCCAAGUCCGCCUAUCCGCAGUUUCCGGGAAAUGAAGUUCCCCAAAGGUAUUCUUAACGGUCUGGCGGCCAAGGGCAUCAAGACGCCGACUCCUAUCCAGGUCCAAGGCCUGCCCACUGUGCUGGCGGGGCGCGAUCUCAUUGGCAUUGCCUUUACCGGCUCUGGCAAAACACUGGUCUUCGUGCUGCCUGUCAUCAUGUUCGCCCUGGAGCAGGAGUUUAGCCUGCCCUUCGAGCGGAACGAGGGCCCAUACGGACUGAUUAUCUGCCCGUCCCGAGAGCUGGCCAAACAGACGCACGAGAUCAUCCAACACUACAGCAAGCACCUGCAGGCCUGCGGCAUGCCUGAGGUGCGCUCCUGCUUGGCCAUGGGCGGGUUGCCGGUCAGCGAGGCCGUGGACGUGAUCUCGCGCGGCGUGCACAUCGUUGUGGCGACGCCCGGGCGCCUCAUGGACAUGCUGGACAAGAAAAUCCUAACGCUGGACAUGUGCCGCUACUUGUGCAUGGACGAGGCUGACCGGAUGAUUGACAUGGGAUUUGAGGAGGACGUGCGCACGAUAUUCUCCUUCUUCAAGGGCCAGCGUCAGACACUGCUCUUCUCGGCCACCAUGCCAAAAAAGAUCCAGAACUUUGCCCGCUCUGCUCUCGUGAAGCCGGUCACCAUAAAUGUGGGUCGCGCAGGAGCAGCGUCGAUGAACGUUACCCAGCAGGUUGAGUAUGUAAAGCAGGAGGCCAAGGUUGUGUAUUUGCUGGACUGCCUGCAGAAGACGGCCCCGCCCGUGCUCAUUUUUGCCGAAAAGAAGCAGGACGUGGAUUGCAUACAUGAGUACCUGCUGCUGAAGGGCGUGGAGGCGGUGGCCAUACACGGCGGCAAGGAUCAGGAGGAACGGUCGCGGGCCGUCGAUGCUUACCGCGUGGGGAAAAAAGACGUCCUUGUGGCCACCGACGUGGCCUCGAAGGGCUUGGACUUCCCCAACGUGCAGCACGUCAUAAACUACGACAUGCCGGACGAUAUCGAGAACUAUGUGCAUCGCAUAGGCCGAACAGGGCGCUCCAACACCAAGGGAUUGGCCACCACGCUCAUUAACAAGAUCACCGAACAGUCUGUACUGCUCGACCUAAAGCACCUCCUCAUCGAGGGCAAGCAGGAAGUGCCCGACUUUCUGGACGAGUUGGCGCCAGAGGCCGAGCACCAGCACCUGGACCUGGGCGACUCGCAUGGCUGCACCUACUGUGGCGGUCUGGGCCAUCGCAUCACGGAAUGCCCGAAACUGGAGGCCGUUCAGAACAAGCAGGCUUCAAACAUUGGACGUCGCGACUAUCUGUCAAACACUGCGGCGGAUUACUAAACCACUACCACCACCUAAUUAUAAGGUUACUACUGCGCAGGAAUAAAUAGAGACGGAGAUUAGUAUUUUUAAAUUUGUUUUCGCUUUGAUUUGGGUUCGGUUUGUCACAUAUUGCACGGAGCUUUGCUUAUCAAUCAUCCAGCAACUUCAGAGAGCGAUCGCGCCUUGCGUGAGCGCGAUUCGGGAUUGAGCAAAAUUUUAUAAAAGCAAAGACGAGCUUUGGCUAUCGUUUAUUGUCUGAGAAGGAGCUCUACCUGUCUGUGCACCGGGAUCGCAUGAAAUCGCGCUGACCUAUUGACCUACUAAUAAUCUGUUCGUGUUGGUAGCACUCUCCUGGAGUCCCUGCUUAGCCGGCACCUUCAACGCCCGUCCAGCCUUCUCCGUGCCAACCGGCCAGAUCCAGCCCAGCGGCCAGAACAGCAAGCAGGCGCGUUAUGUAUCCGGCCUUUGCCAACGCCGGCCGCACUCGCGUCCUAGAGAUCUUUCGAUCUGGCGCUUGUUGACAUCGCUUGGAAAGAGUUCGCAGCAGUGGCGUCCAGAAGGCUGAGGACAAAGAGCGGGAAGAAAGCGGUGGGACAGCGGGCGACGCCUUUUCGCCAUUAGCGGCUCGUGUUAUAAGCUUACAAUUUUUAGGUUCUCUGCAUUUUUGGUCUACGUCAUUACCGUGACUCUCUUUCCACUUUCUCUGGUUUAUUCCUGAUUCCAACAUGAAACCCGAGAAAGUGCACAUUACGAAAUGGAGCACCGGUAAGGAUAUCCGUAGUCUUCUCUGCUCUCUACAGACGGUGUUGUGGCAGAACGCCAAUUGGCAGCCCCUCAUGAUGUCCACCUUAAAUACUUUGGUGGAGGUCAAGAAGGCGUACCGACAGUGUUGCAGUGCAUCCUGAUAAGAAUAAUGGAACCGAAAACGAGGAGAUUGCCAAGCUCAUGUUUAUAGAACUAAACAAUGCAUGGACAGAUUUCGAAAAAAAUCCCACGGCUAUGGAUGAAUUCGGUUUAGUUCGCAAUUGGUGUUAAUUGUUGUCCUCUUAACGGAGUCUAGUGCAAUUGCUUAUGAAAGAGCCAUCCGAGGACAUAACACUCAAUUUGUAUAACAACAAAUCCAGUUCCAACAUUCCUUUUGCAUCCAAUAGCAGUCCCCCAUUGAGAAAUAGACCCUUAGAUCCCUUAGACCUCGGCGAUCAUCCACUAAAAAAUUAUCCAUCAUCCCAUAAAAAUCAAAGCUUCGGAUAUGAAAUAUCCGCUGCAAUUUUUGUCGCUAUAAAAAUAAAUACCACUGUUAAAUGUGUAAUUACCCUA